CGUUCCAAAGCUAGAAUUUCUAACCGUACUCAUGUAGAAGCAAUAUCCAAUUUCUAGCUUCAGCAUCCAGCCUGCAACUGCGGCGUACGAGUAUUAGUCCGGCAGUACUCUUCUCUGACACAAAACAUUAUCACAAGCACAAGCACCAGCGAAUCUCACCGAAGCAAAGAGCAAUCAGUCGCCGGGCUUCGUGGAUGACCGGCCACACGCAAGGCGGAUAUUCGAGCGGGUCAGAGCGCCCAUUCCAUACCCGUGUGGCUUAUUCCCAAACCACCAGCUGCUGGGACUAUGACUCUGUACGACUCUGCUCUACCUGGUUGCGCACCCCCUCCCACAUACACCAGUGGGGUGUGCGAGAGCCUAAGCAAAUCUUUUAUACCAGUCUACGGGCCUACUUGUUAGUCUCUUCCCCCAGAUAUCUCUCGGCUGGCUUGCCUCUUUUCUCAUUCUUCUCCAAAUCUCGUCUUUUCUUUCCCUUUCUCGUAAUAUCCUCACUGCAUUUCUUCUGUUCCUUCUUUUGUAUCUACUAAUAAUACCUGCAUUGCGAUUCUUAGCGCUCAACAUUUGUUUACCUGCCGCAACGGAGCAUUGGCUUUUUAACUUCGAUCUAACCAUUUGAGAGAGCAGUAGUU